AUGGAAGUAACGUUGAGGGUGGUAAGAUACAUCAAGAGAGAGACAGAGAAGGGUAUGUUCUACAAAGCAUUAGACAAACUUGAGAUGACAACCUUAAUCUCUUGGAAAUUGAAGAAGCAUCAUAUUGUGGCGAGGUCUUCUGUUGAAGCAAAAUAUAAAAGCAUGGUCAUUGCAGUUUCUGAAAUAAUUUGGUUGCUCGGAGUAUUUGAAGAGUUGGGUGUUAAAAAUUUGUUACAUGUGAAAUUUUAUUGUGAUAAUAAGGCAACACUUCAGAUUGUCGCUAAUCUAGGUAGUUCAUCCCUUCUAAUUUGGGCGAAGAGUUGUAGUCAGUUGUUAGACAAUCGUUGGUUGUUGUCGAAAUCAUUUGUUUUCAUAAGGAAUGAGAGGAAAAAAAGUGGAGGGGAAGGUGUUAAAUCCUAUAUCAAUCUUGACUGCGAGGUUUAUGGUGACCUUUAG